UCUCGCUACUGCACCACCCCCCCACCUCCCCCGUCUCUCUCCCUCCCUAUCUCUCUCUCUCCGCUGGUUGUGUGAUACAGAUCAUUCGCGCACGGAGCUCCGUCUCAGUGUCCCUUCUAAGUUGAGUUUUUUUGUUGUUGUUGUGAACGUGGGCCCGGAUGAAGACGAUGCAGUGAGACGCGACGCUCCGGCAAAACCGACCGGCUCCGCGCGACGCUAGUCGCCUUUUCACACCGAGGCAAAUCUUCACGCGUCCACCUUCUCUGAUGGGAAGGUGUUCGCUGCCGGCGGAGAGCUUUGGCGGGUGGCUUUCGUUCGUCCACCAUGGAGUCCCCGUCACCUUCUUUGCCACCGCCGCUGCCGCUGCUGCUGCUGCUGCUUCUGUGCCUCUCCGCGUCCGUGUGCCCUGGCCUCGCCUCGGACCCUAACCUCCGGCCCGCGCGUGCUCGAAGGGCGCCCAACAUCAUCCUCAUCCUCACCGACGACCAGGACGUCGAGCUCGGCUCGAUGCUGGUGAUGAACAAGACGCGGCAGCUGAUGGAGCGCGGCGGCGCCCACUUCACCAACGCGUUCGUCACGACGCCCGUGUGCUGCCCGUCGCGCUCCUCCAUGCUCACGGGGAAAUACUCGCACAACCACGACGUGUACACCAACAACGAGAACUGCUCCUCGCCCUCCUGGCAGGCGGCGCACGAGCCCCGCACAUUCGCCGUGCACCUGAGCCGCGCCGGCUACCGCACAGGCUUCUUUGGCAAGUACCUGAACGAGUACAACGGGAGCUACGUGCCGCCCGGCUGGCGCGAGUGGCUCGGCCUCGUCAAGAACUCGCGCUUCUACAACUACACGCUGAACCGCAACGGUGCUCGCGAGAAGCACGGAGCCCACUACCCCUCGGACUACCUGACGGACCUCAUCACGAACGAGAGCGUGAGCUUCUUCCGAGCGUCGCGGCGGACGUACCCGGGCCGCCCCGUGCUCAUGGUGCUGAGCCACGCGGCCCCGCACGGCCCCGAGGACUCUGCCCCGCAGUACUCGGAACUCUUCCCCAACGCGUCCACGCACAUCACGCCGAGCUACAACCUGGCGCCCAACCCCGACAAGCACUGGAUCCUGCGCUACACGGGGCCCAUGAUGCCCAUCCACAUGGAGUUCACCAACCUCCUGCAGCGGCGGCGCCUGCAGACGCUCAUGUCCGUGGACGACUCCGUGCAGCGCAUUCUGGACACGCUGGAGGAGAGCGGCGAGCUGGACAACACGUUCGUCAUCUACACGUCCGACCACGGCUACCACCUGGGCCAGUUCGGCCUCGUCAAGGGCAAGUCCAUGCCCUACGAGUUCGACAUCCGCGUGCCCUUCUACGUGCGGGGGCCCGGCGUCGCUCCGGGGUCCACCGUCCCCCAGAUUGCGCUCAACAUCGACCUGGCGCCGACGAUGCUGGACAUGGCCGGCCUGGACAUCCCCGGCGACAUGGACGGACGCUCGCUGCUCAAGCUGCUGCGGCGGCGGUGGCCGCGUCGAGGCGUCGACCGCGCCAGCGACAGCAGGCCACUCCGUCAGGGGAUCGAGAGACACGUGGUAUGGAGGGACAGCUUUCUCGUCGAGAGAGGCAAGAUCCCGCGUCUCAAAGACCAGGAAGGUGGCCCGGAGGAGAGGAAACGGGAGUCCAAAUGGGACAGGAUCAGGACACUGUGCCAGCGAUCCGAGUACAGGACGGCGUGCCUGCAGCCAGGGCAGAGGCUGCACUGCACGGAGGACAAACUGGGCAGACCGAGGCUGUCAAAGUGCAGGGCCCGGCUAGGGGACGCGAGCUCGGGAGAGCGGCAGCGACGGAGUUCGGCCAGGACACGGCGCCACGGGGCUGCGGCUGCCGUGGGCAGCCCCGGUGCUCGGUGUCACUGCCGAGUCAGACGCAGCAGCAGCGGCGGCGGCAGCAGCGGCAGCAGCGGCAGCAGCGGCGACACCGAGACAGCCGGGAGACCGAGACGGAGCCGGAAAGCUAGCGGAUGGAAGAACCCGCGGGUAGAAGAUUCACAGCUGACUCCGGUGACACACAGGUGCUUCCUGCUGCCGAACAGCACGGUACAGUGCGACGUGAAGCUGUACCGCUCGCUGCGAGCCUGGAAGAGACACAAGCUGCUCCUGGACGAGCAGAUUGAGGAGCUUCACUCGCGAAUGAAGAUCCUGAGAAAGGUCAGAGGUCACUUGAAGAGUUCACGACCCACUGACUGCAACUGCAAUGACAACAGCAGCCACGGCGGGAGCGGGCGACACGGCGGAGCGACGUCGCCCGGCGCGCCUGGAGAGGAAGACGCGGCCGACAGCGGCAGGAGAGGCCGCACGAGGGACAGAGCCCGCGUCGUCCGCAAAGAGGCCCCCUGCGCCUCACCGGGCCUCGUCUGCUUCACGCACGACGACGAGCACUGGCGCACGCCCCCCUUCUGGAAUCGAGGCGCGUUCUGCGCGUGCACGAGCUCCAACAACAACACGUACUGGUGCGUGCGCACGCUCAACAGCAGCCACAACUCGCUCUUCUGCGAGUUCGCCACCGGCUUCAUCGAGUACUUCGACCUCAACGCCGACCCCUACCAGAUGCAGAACGCGGUCCACACGCUGGAGCGCGGCGCCCUCGGCGCCCUCCACGCUCAGCUCGCUGGGCUCCGUGCCUGCCGGGGACUCGGCCAGUGCGAGCCGGCCCCCAGCAACACACACACAGGAUUGAAAGAGGACAACGAUUCUAAAGAGCAAAGGCUGUGGGAGCAGAGGACAUGGAGGAGGUUUUUUGAGACACCCAAGCCCGAAUCUGCUAGACCGACUGUGGAAGGGAUGGCAGCAGUCGCAUCCAGCGCCCAAGAUUGAGGACCUCGGCCUGCCAACAGCGGGGCGAGGAGCAACGCGUGUCGCGUGACACGUGAAGCAGGAGGAGCGGCGUUUGUCUGUUGCGCACUGGUGGAUGAGAGAUAUGGGCAGCACGAGUGUGUAGUCGCCAGGGCAGUAGCAGCAGCAGCAGCUCUGCCAGAUCAUCAUCAUCAUCGCCGUUAUUAACAGGUCCAUAAUUCAUAAUUAUUAUUAUCGACAGCAGCUCUGUCAUAAUUGUCAUCGCGAUCAACGACAGAUAUUCAGAAUCACUUUCACCGUCAUUAUCAUCAGCAGCACCUCUUUCUUUAUCUUUAAUAGCAACAGCUCAAUUAAAAUAAUCUACUAUUUAUCUCCACUGUUAUCUUUAACAGCAGCAGCAGCUCCGUAAUAAUAAUCUACAGUUCAUCAUCAACAACAUAAACAGCAGGUCCAUCGUCAUCAUCUGCAAUAUAAAAUAAUCAUCAAAGGUAGUGGAUGAUGAAGUUGGAACUACUGCGGACGUUAAUGACGAUGCGCUGCUGAUGCUAAUGAUAUACUACUGAUGUUAAUGAUAAUCAUGUACUGAUCAUAUUCAUGAUUAUGUACUGAUAUUAAUGACAGUGAUGCACUGCUGAUGUGAAUGAUGUGUUACUGAUGUUAAUGAUCACGGCGGCGAUGCACUGCUGAUGGUAAUGAUGAUGAUGCUCUUUUAAAGACGAUUAUGAUGGAGCAGCCCCAUCUUUCACGCGUUGCCCUGUGGGGGUCCCGCCCGGGCGCCCCCGCGCCCGGACGGGACCCCCACAGGGCAACGCGUUAAGAGGCAAAGCGAAAAAAAAAAUUAGCGUCCGCCGGACUGGAAUGGAGCCACUUUUGGCUGCCGUAGAGUGGAGCAAGCACCGAGGAAUGAAGCAGCGAUGCUAAUAAUAAUGCUGCUGCUGCUAAUGAGACUGGCUGCAACUGGUAACAUUGGCACACGUGCAAACCGUUUAUUCUUUUAAUUGAUAAAUACCUUGUAUGGAA